AUGGCAGACCAACCUGACGAAGCUAUGGAUCUUGCGGAUCAGCCAUUACUUUCAAGGAGUAAACUUCUCACGGAAGCCCAAGAAGCUGCCGCAUCCACAUCUGAAACUCCAUCCACCGAGCCACCAGCAAUCGCUGCUCCCAAAUCAAAGUCACAGAAACAACGUGAGUACAGACAGCGCAUAGCAGCAUCCAGAACUUCUGCACAAGCGACAGCUGCGAGGAAAUCGGAUGCCGAAAGACAGCGCAACCGCAGACUACGCAAAGCUGCUAACUUGGUUCUUGUCAGUGGUUCAUUAGAAUCGACUAUUGCAUCCACUUCUAGUUCAAGGGCUAGAUCAAACGACGUCCAAUCUGGUACUCAACGACGGCUCACACACCAGCAAGGUCGAACUUCUUUACCAGAACCAGCGCGAAUCAUUGUUCAACCAGGGACUUCUUCUGAUCAAAUUGAGGUAGGAAAGGCGCAAUCUACUUGGAACACCAAAUGGGCAUUGUCCAUCAUGAGAUUUAAAUCAACUUUUCUAGACAACGAUUUUGGCUACGCUUGUUCGGUUUGCGACAGACUGUGGUUCAAGAACGACCUUAAACCCAUCACUGCUGCACAGCUUGACGUGAUCUCGGAAUGGUUCAUCAAAGAAAAUCGUCAACUGUGCAGAGAAGAAUAUGAAAUGGUCUGCAACAAUUGUAAACGUACACUGAACAAUAAAUCGAUGCCGCACCUAGCAAAAGUUAAUGGAUUCUCAUAUCCAGACCGACCACCGGGUCUACCACCGUUGGAUCCCAUCAGUGAGCGAUUGAUAUCGCCAUGUCUGCCAUUUAUGCAAGUGCGUCGUCUGCGCCAUGAUUCCUCUUAUGGAAUCAUGGUGCAAGUGAUCAACGUACCAGUAGACGUACAACAAAUGGUAAAAUGUUUGCCGCGACAAUUAAAUGAGGACGACGUCAUUAAUGUUAACAUGGAGCGGAACCUUACCCACAAAUCGGUCUACAUCAGCGAAUACGUGUCCAAAAGUACAAUCAGUGCGUGGCUAACUGUACUGCAGGAGUCUCCAUUAUAUCGUUUUUACGAAAUCAACGUGGAUUUGUCGAGAUUGCAUCCUUCUAUGCCGUUUCUCGAUGACAUACGGGAUGAUCCGUCCAACCGUAUAGAAAAUAUCUCCGCUGAAGACACACCUGAAUCUGAGAUUCUCGCUUCAAGACAACAUACCAUGAUGUGGAAUGAAGAAUUUCAGGCUACACCUCUUAACAACAUUGAUGACCGUCAUGCAGAAGAGUUGUCGUUUCCAUCGAUAUACUUCGGAGAGCCACGUCGAUUCAACAGGAGAGUUCUAGUAACACCUUAUAUGGUAGCGGCCAGUGAAAUACGACGUAGCGACAGACGCGGAGCCACGCCUCAAAAAAUCUUGUACGUUGCAAUGAAAAUAUUGCGACUGCGCCUGGUGGAUGAAAUUAACAGCACGUUUCGCAAUGUUUCGGUGACGGAGAAUGUUACGCAACGUAUGUUUAAGAGAACAGAAUUUCUAAAAGAACAUGCCAUACAAAACCUCGCAUUCAUGAAGACAGUGCCUAACUCCGUCCAAUACUGGGCCUCUCGCAAACGAGACCUCUUUGCAGUGAUUCGUCAACUUGGCAAACCAACCGUUUUCCUCACUAUAAGUGCCGACGAAAUACGCUGGAUAAAACUGCUCACUAUACUUCUCAAACUGAGCAAAAAAUAUCCUGGAAAAACAGCAAAAGAUCUCAACACUUCUGAGCUCUGUACUUUGGUGAGCGACGAUCCUGCUACCUGCUGCAUAUACUUCUACAAGCUCGUUGGUUCCUUGAUGAAAAUGCUAAAAUCCAAACAGUCUCAUAAUCCGUUUGGCAAGUAUUUCGUUAAAGAUUACUUCCUACGUAUUGAGUUCCAGCAUCGAGGAAGUCCACGCGCACAUAUGUUGCUGUGGUUGAACGACGACCCGGGUGAGAUCGUGUCGGAAAAUAUGCCAAGAACCAUCGAUCUCGUGGAAAAAUUAAGCUCGGUUGCUCGAGUUGAUGUGCCAAACAAUUCUAUCUACGCCAAACAGAUACACAAACAUACUUUCACUUGCACAAAGCGAGGCGAGACUUCUUGCAGAUUCGGGACCCCGUACUGGCCUAUGCCCACUACCCGUGUACUGGUUCCGAUGUCUCAAUCUGAUGGAAGCCGCCAAACGCUACAACAGAAGGCCAAGGAGCUGCGUGCCUCUCUCGAUGAACGUAGAUACGCAUGCAUGGAUGAGUUUCUUAAUGCUAAUGGUUUGACUUACGAUUCAUACCUGGACAUUGUGCGUUCAACGUUGCGCAGACCAACUCUAGUCUUCAGACGAAACUUCGACGAACUUAUGACAAACACGUUCAAUCCGUACCUUGCCGGCGAAGUCAACUCUCACAUCGAAAUUCAAUUCAUCUUAGAUGAGUACAGCUGCGCAGAGUAUGUCGCACAGUUUGUAAAUAGAUCAGCCCGUGGAAUGGGUGACCUACGUCGUGAGCUAACCACAAUGAUGCAAGAGCAUCCCGAUCGGGACUACACCGGUCAAUUGGAAGCGUUAAGUAUCAAACUGCUUAACGCAGUUGAGAUGACAGCGCAAGAAGCAGCAUGGUAUCUACUACGAAAACCAAUGAGUGAGGCGAGUCGUCAAAUUGUGUACAUCCCAACUGUGUGGCCGACAGAGAGACAAUGCUGUCGCAAGCGUCGUCAACAAAUGGACCGCGAAGGCAUCGACGGAGACAGCACUGAUGUUUGGACCAAAAACAUAAUACAGCGAUAUGAAGAACGACCUGCAUCUUUAGAACAAGUUUAUUUGGCUGAAUUUGCUUCGUGGUAUGAUAACGCUAAAGACGACGUGCCCGUAGAUGACGAUGAAGAUUCUGAUGCUGUACCUCAAACGAAGACGUCGAGAGCAUCAAAAGAAUACCGCAGACGACAGCUCGGACGAGUCAUACGAUACAGACGCUACGAUAUCGAUGAAACUGACAAUUAUAAACGAGAGAUGGUUCUACUUUACGUACAGUUUCGCAAUGAAAUGACAGAGAUUGUUGAUCAAAAUAAAUUUUUGCAAUUAUUUGACGAUAACAAAGACACGAUCAUGGAACGCCGAAGUCUAUUCGAGACAAAUUUUAACAUUGAAAACGUCGCGGAGGAACUUGAAGCGAAGAUGAUUUUGCAAAAAGAUGGUGCCGUGAACAUCGAUGAUCGAUGA